CGAUAAAGAUAAACCCAUCCCAAAACGACACUCUCUUCUCUCCGCAUCACCCAAACAACAAAGUUGAAAACCAUGGGUCUGCUAUGGUGGAAGCGCAACGACAAGACUCCGGCGACAAAACCACCAUCGGAAAACUCAAAGUCAAAGCCCGGAGAAGCGUCGGAAGGGAUGAACGGAGCAGUGGAGGUUAUCCGCCCUCCCACGGAUGAGAUUACCGUUUUCGAAUUCGGGUCGGUGGCUGCUUCCACAGAUAAGGUGACGCUUGCUGGUUACUGCCCCGUUUCCGAAGAACUGGAGCCUUGCCGUUGGGAAAUUCUCCCCGCCACUGAUUCUAACGCCCCUCAAUUUCGGGUUGUCUUCUGAUCAAUCCGUUUGGGAAACUGCUCCUUUUAAUUUUCGAAGUGAUGAAAAUUAGGUAUUUCCUGUACUUUGAAUAUUAUUGCUACUAAUGGAAAUUUACUGAGAAAAUUGGAAUGGAAAUUUGGGGGUUUUGAUUUUA